AUGCAUCAAAAAAAAUUGGAAGAUUGUAAUUUAUCAAUUGGUUCAAUUCAUUCGCAAUUAAUUAAUGAUAAGUCAAAUAAAUUGCAAAGAAUUGAACAACAUUGUAUUAUUAAUAAUGAAAAUAAUGAAGUUGUAAUUGAUUCGGAGAAUGAAGAAGAAUUUAGUUCAAGUGGAGUUAGUGAAGAUGAAGAAGAAGAAGAAGAUGAAGAAGAACAAGAAGAAAAUAUGUCUACUGAAAAUAGUUUUCAACAAAAUAAUAUUAUUCAAUCAAUGAAUCAAUGUAAUUGUUCAAUUAAUUUACAUAAUCUAUUGAAUACAACUCAAAAUGUUACUAUCACUUUUAAUCAACCGGAAAGUGCUUUAGAGAUAAUUCAAAUGAAUCAUGAUCAGAUGUUUGCACAAACAAUGGCUGCUCUUGCUGCUAAAUAUCAACCUACAAAAUCUAUUAAUUCUCCGGCAACUGAAAAUGAUAUUCUAUCUUUUGUUGGUCCAUGUCCAUUAUAUUCUUUGGCAUCUUCAUUUGGUCUUGAUAUGCAUCAUGGUCUUUCUCAUUUUCCUUGUCGAGAUGUAUAUGUUGGUGAUAGAAAUCAUAUUUCAAUUCGUCCACUUUGGCAACAUUUAACAUCAUCUCAUAAUUUAAAUCUUUCAUCAUCAUCUCUUCUUAUAUCUCAUAUUCUUCUUCAUGGUUAUUCAUCAUCAAGUCCAAUAUUAUUUAAUUCACAUAAUACAAAAAAUAUUCUUCGUACAACACCACGUUAUUCAUUAAUUAAAAAAUGUCCUUUAACAACAUAUGGUGUUUAUGGUAUUCAAUAUGAACAUGGUACACGUUUAUGUUCUGGUUAUACAUAUAAUACAAAUAUUUAUUUACAUUUAACAUCAUUUCAUAAGAUGACACAUAAUGCAUCAUUACGUUUAUCACGUGCUAUUGCAUUUAAUGAUAAACAAUUUAAAUUUGAAUUUAAUGAAAUUAUUGUUAAUGAACAUAGAAAAUAUUCUUUAGUGAAAUCAUGUCAAAUAAAAAAAUCUUCUCGAUUAAUUCAUCAUCAAUGUCAUCCAUUGAAAAAAUUUAUUAAAAAAAAACCGGUGAAAAAUAUUUGA